GGUACACUCUCCCUGUCCCUGGUGCUGAUCUUUCAGUUGCGGUAACGUGGGAACGUUCGCAAUAAUUGCUUUCAACUGUCAAACACUUUUUACCUUCCAGGCUGAGAGGUUUUUCCACGGGAACUGCCAAUCUUGAGGUGAUAAUGAGGUAUUUGCCUAGUACCGACGAGAUGUAAUAGUUUUUGAACUGCCGAACGUUUUAGCAGGCCUAAAGUGUGCUCAGAACUGCCAACGACGCUGCGGGGAUUUUGCGCCGGGACUGUAAGUAAUUAGCGGCAUGCACGCGAAUAGAGCCACUAAUCAUGCGGGGAUGAAGAGUCAGGAAACGCGCUGACACCACGACUGCUUGGUUACACAGUGAUUUUCCGUGCCGGUGCGGGACCGCAUCGUAGUUGACUGGAAGGCGGUAGAGAACACGUACGUCUACAGCCGGCACCCCGGAGCCAGGCGUCAGCGCUCGCACGAAAAUUCCCCAUCUGCCAGUCGUUUUCCCGGUGUUUUGCGGUUUUGGUGUGUGACCACACGGUGGUGUGUAACCACACGACUUUACCAGCAAAUGGCGUGCCAAGCAACAGUUCUGUACCUGAUUUGCGGUUUUCUCGUCAUCGGCCUGCUCCAAAAUAGAGAAUGCGCGGCCCAGUCCUCCAUCAGCCUGACCCUCCCGAAGGCCGUCAACACGAUUGUCGGGGACCCGAUCACCCUCCCGGCCACCUACCAAACCCAGAGGAGGGUCGUCUCCGUGGUGUGGAACAAGCUCAACCCGUACGACAGCGAGAAGAGGAUCCCGGUCUUCAGCUACUUCCCGAUGCUCGGGUCCACCGAGUCGUUCGGCACCUACUCCGGGAGAGCGGAGCUUGCGGGGAAGGCUUCCAUCAAGAUCGACGCGACGACCGUGCAGGAUGAGGGGAAGUACGUCCUGACGGUGACAGUGAAUGGGCUGCCUCCCGAGGAAGGGUUCGUCACUGUCAACAUGAUGGUGCCUCCAGUCGUUGAUGUGGGCCCUGCAAACCCUUACGUCACAGCCUCCGGGCGCUCCGCCUCUCUGACAUGCGUAGUGAAGGACGCCAGGCCCAACAUUACGUCACUGUACUGGGAAAAAGACGGCGUCCGAGUUGACAACCUCCGAUUCGACACCAAGUAUUCCGGCGGGAACAUGCAGUCCCCGAACCUCCUCAUACGUCACGUGACCAGAGGUGACGCAGGCCGGUACAAGUGCGUGGCUGAUCACGUGGUUCGGUCCGCCAGUGACGCCCUUAAGAUGGACGUACGAUACCCUGCGAGCAUCAUCAGCAUCUCGGACUCCCUGACGGGCAGGGCGGGAGACAGGAUCACCAUGCAGUGCGUCGCCGAGGGCAACCCCCUCCCCAACAUCACGUGGUCACGCAACGGCGCGCGCCUGCGCAGUGACGACAGGAUGCUGUCACGUGACGUCUGCGCAAGCUCACUCGUCCUCAGCAACGUGCCGGCCAACGCCACGGGCACGUACGUCUGCACGGCCGUCAACAACGUCGGGAAAAGUGACGUCAAGUCGCUGCUGCUUUCCAUAAGAGCGUCCCGGAGCGGCACGGGGAGUGUAGACGCCCUGAUUCUGGUGGGUUCCGUCGCCGGCGGCUUGUGGCUGCUCAUCUGUCUGUGUCUCACCAUCUACUUCGUACGGCGGAGGCGGCAGCGGGAAGAGAAGAAGCGGUUCUCGUUCUACUACAACAUGGGGAAGCGCCAGGACGAGCGGGCCGAGGACAGGCCGGGGGAGGAGACGCUGGAGGUGACCCGGCACCCCAACCUGAAACCGCCCGCCAAGCCGAGAUCACCAACCGCUCCCUACGGCGGCAUCGAGACAAUCAGACGGACAGCCAGCAAGUCAAAAGUGAGGAGAUACGCCAGAGCUCUGUACACCUACCGGCCUCAGGAGGAAAACGAACUACACUUGGAGACUGAUGACGUCAUCGAGGUGCUGGAGGGGGAAGAUGGCGGCUGGUGCCUGGGUUACCUGAGGGGCAGGAUAGGCCUGUUCCCCUCCAACUACGUCAAGUUCCUGUCCGCGUCACAGGUCUCUGCUGCAAAGCUGAAGGAGCUUUACGACCCGACGGACGCCAAGUCAAGCUCGUCAAAGGGGAGCCUGUAAUACGUCAUCACUUCAGGUUGAUCAAAGGCACUACGUCAUCACUUCAGGUUGAUCAAAGGCUAUUCUACAACUACGUCGUCACUUGAUGUGCAGUUUUGAAGAACACAUGGCUACGUGAUAACCCAUCGUCAUCAUUUCGCCAUCUAACCCUGUCUGAAGACCCAACUGUAUAGUAAAUAUGAAUACCUGCAAUGUACAGCAACACAACCAGAGGGCGCUAGUAAUACGUAACAGCUACAUUUUCGAGCACGGAAUCCAAGUUGCUGCCUUACCUUCACUGAGGGACGUUCGUUCCAUUCGUCAUACUGACAUGUUCUUCCGUGAGAUUUCUGUGUCAACUUGCUGUCAUCAUGUUUGAUUCCAUGCUGUCACCGUAGCACUGGCUGUAUUGAUGUAAAUCAAUAUACUUGUACAUGCAUAUGCUAAUCAUUUGUAGCCACAUGCAGUAUCUAUUGGUGUCCCUAUGAAGAGUACAUUGGUGUACAAAUGUCUGUCUUAAGUUUGUUUUUGGUUUUAUAAUCUUAUAACUCCAGCUUACUACUGUUGCCGAUAAAAAAAUUGUACAGAUUAACAGGCCAACAUAUCAGGUGUCGUAACAUAGAACGCCGAUAGGGGGCGCUUCACAGUACGGACACCAUAUCAUUACAGAAUGUAGAAACGCCGCCUGUGCUGACUGGCCUGAACUGCAGAUGGUACUGGCAUGCUGAGCAUUUUAACUUUCAAUCUUUCGAAUGAAAAUGUACAGUACUGAAUUUCGCAUCAUACAUUUUGAAGUCAGUAAUAUCAGCAUCAGCCCUUGAAUACAUGAAUGCGUUUUUUUAUUCAUUUGACAGUUCUAUGAGAUGUACAUAUGAAAAAAACUAGGUCAAAUACUUCAAUUUAUGGGAGUCGAUUAUGCCUGUGACUACGUGUGGGUCUGUGUAAGCGAGAUAAAGAGACCACAAGCUUCAGCUCAUGUCUGCAUAUCCUUUAAUACAAGAACGAGAGCUCAGUCGCUAGGCAGACGGAUUCAUGAAGAAUUUACAUUGUAUUUAAAACUCAGUAAUUAAUUC